CUGGGCAAGCCAGCUGUGGUAGGAACACCUGGCUCGGGUUACAGCCGGGAGAGAGCCAGGGGGGCUGGACUCUGAGACCAAACAACUGCAGUCAGUAACGUUACGCAGCGAUGACUGCAUGUCUGGAGCAAUCGCCACAAGAGAGAGAGAGAGAGAGAAACAGAGUGAGCAAACCGACUUCAGGAAGACAAGAAACUUUGGACGGAGCUCAGCUUUUCUCUCGAAUUUGGGACAGAAAAGGCUGUCAUUUAUUUUAAGGAGCGGAGCGCUGCUACCCUCCAGCCAUGAGUUCUCAGACGAGCUUUGGCAGCAGCAUGCUGUUCCAGGCUAUAAAUGAUGACCUCAAUGCGUCGCUGGCUACAGCAGAUGAGUUAUCCAAAGAGUUCAACUCCCUGCUGAAGGAGGCCUCCUCCGAAAACAAGUCUCGGUCUCAGACCAGUUCUCCAGUCUCCAGAGAGAAGUCUGAGUCCACCAGGCUGUCCAGCACCUCCCUCACUACCAGACAGUCAGGUGGCAGUAGUAAUGGCAGCUCCAGCUCUAUGCCUUUCUCCCCAAGCACAAACCCUCUCUAUACCAUGGACUCAGUUUUCUCCAGCAAUAAAACCACCUCCUCCACCAGCUCACUCUCAUCUCCCAAGAUCCAGAGGGAGUCCCGCUCUCCGCUUUCUCCAACUGGAUCUGACAGCUACUCGAUGGGGCCGCAGAGCCCCAAACAGUCUCCUCAUACCCCGAAGCGUUACUCCCCAACUACUUACGAAAAGAGCUCACAAGUCUCCAUCAGUUACAAAGAAAGAAGCCCUUCCCCAAACCCCGCAGCUGCUUCCUUUGACCAGCCACCUAGGUCCGCCUCGGGCGUCCCGUCCUCCAACAUGCUGAGCCCGUACGACAGCAGCCAGAUGGGUCGCAGGUCGCCUCGCAACGACAAAAGCCCCUCUCCUUUGUCUUUCAAUCACCUAAUGUCCAACACGCUGCCUCGCAACUUUGGCGGUUUCAGGCAACCUGAUGAGGGUGUGCAACAACAAAAGAGUUCUGGCAAAUGGAAUGAGACAGAUCUGGACGUGUCUUAUGAGAAGAAACCUCACCACGCCUAUGACAAGAAAGAGUGGCUACGGCCGUCUGUACCAAACAGCAGUUGGAGAGAAUCCAACCUGGAUGGCCCUCCUCCGGCCCCAAGCCCCAAAAAGGAUCCUCGUUCUUCAUCUCUCACAUUUACCCAUGGUUCUCUGCCCCGUAACACCCGUAUAGCAGAUGUUUCCUCCCCUUACACCCCUCAGCCCAUCAUCUCCCGCAUUUCCAUUCCCCCAACUUCUACUCAGUCCCGCCAGCGCAAGCCCAUCCCUCUCUCAGUCAUCAUGCGUCUCCAAAACCCCUACUGGGGAGCCAUGUCCACCUCCCAGCCCAGAGUCCAGGGAGGAGAAGGGGGCAUGGCCCCGUACCAACUGCCUGUACCCAUCCCGAGGGAAUUCUUCCACCAAGCUGUUCCCCAGCCACCCGAUCUGAGACAGCCAGCCGUAUACACUGACGUGCUGAACUCAGGCGAUAUAGACGCAGAGUUAGAGCGGCUGGUCCAUGUCCACCAUACACCUGUGAUUUCGGAGAAUCCAAGCAUGCCAGAGGGCAGAAUUGAGGGUUCCACCCCAGCCCCCCGGCCCCUCAGCCCCACCAGGCUGCAGCCGGUGGUGGGUCCCGAGGCCCAGACCCAGGACAUCCCGGACCGGGAGGAGCUGCUCCGCCUGCGGGCAGAGAUCCCCCGGGCCCUGAAAAGAAGGGGCUCCGUGGACCAGUCCCAGCCCCUGAAGAGGGCCUCCCAUUACCAACCCAACCAGUACAAAAGUCUCAUUAACAAGCUUUUUCGCAGGAAGGUACACCUGCAGAAGGGGGAGCAAGGUAGCGAGAGCGGCAGCUCCUCAGAGGGAGAGGACUUUGCUACACCUCCUGCGCCUCUACCUGCACCCACCAUGCUCAGUGAUUUCAGAAACUACCAUUCCAUCCUGCGGCGGUCCAAGCGGGAGCCGAAAUCUGUUGGGAGGCGAGCGCGACUCAGCCCGCUGGUCCUGCUGCUGGACGGAGCGCUGGUCGGAGAACUGGAGAUAGUGCAGCGGGCCGUGCAAGAGAUGAACGACCCCAGCCAACCCAAUGAUGAAGGCAUCACUGCCCUUCACAAUGCCAUCUGCGGCGGACAUUACAAUGUGGUGGACUUCCUGGUUCGCAUUGGAGCCAAUGUCAGCGCACCAGACAGCCACGGCUGGACGCCGCUGCAUUGUGCAGCCUCGUGUAACGACCGUCCUCUGUGUGAGUUUCUGGUGAGGAACGGAGCUGCUGUCAUGGCCAUAACGGAGAGCGACGGCGCUACCGCCUCCCAGAAGUGUGAUCCUUACGCUGUCGGGUUUGAGGAAUGUGAGAACUUCCUUAGGGGUGUGGAGGCUGCCAUGGGGACGGAGAACAGCGGGGUGCUGUACGCUUUGUGGAGCUACCCGGCUCAGGCAGCCGACGAGCUGAGCUUCAGAGAGGGAGACAUGGUCACCAUCCUGCAGAAACCUGAAGGCUCGGACUGGUGGUGGGCCUCGCUCUGCGGCAGGGAGGGCUUAGUUCCAAACAACUACUUUGGGCUUUUCCCGAAGGUUCGACCCAAAUCUCUCUGCUGAGUGGUCUCUUGAUGGGGAUGAGGACUGUCUCAGAAACUGUUGUUUGACUGGACUACAUCUGUAUGAAAAGGCUGCAACGUUGCAGGACAUGACAAAUAGUUUUGAUCUGUCAGUCGAGUAGAGUUGAAGGAGAAGUCUCAGUAUUCAUUGGCUUCACUGACGAUCUUUCUAGAAGACAUAUCAUUUGUACUGGCUAUGCUGUAGGAUUUUUUUUUUUCUGGUAAAAGCUGUACUGUGCUAAACGUCUUCUGUCAAUAUAUGGCUGUCUACCCAAAGGUUACAAAAAGGCCAUUAUGCCCUGCUGUUUUUACUCAGCUGUGUUCCAGUCACACACUGACUUUUCUGACUCAUCGGCAGGUUAGUAACCCCUAUGCUCACAGUGGCUGUUCAGUCCACUCAUCAGCAAGGUCAAUGUAACUGUAUGCUAAUAACAAACACAAGCCACGAUUGCUCAAUUUUGAAAAGGGCCACAUCCGUCAGAGCAUUAUCAACCUGCUCAUUACUGGAGCAGAGCUGUCUGCUGUUAAUCCAGGUAUAACGUGAAAGAGAGUGGCCAGGAGUUGAUAUUGAGCUUUUAUUUCUGUUACGAUAUUUCUAACAUGUACUCUUUGUACAUAUCACUGUUUUUGCAAAUAGUUUAUCUGAUGGAGCCUGUGAUUUUUACAAGCCAAAGCUAUUAGACAUUCUACCAAUGUGGCUUUAAAUGUAGACUUUAAAUAUUUUUAAACAGCCACAGUUGAAACUUAGCUGCAUCUGGCUGGUUUCUACUUUGCUCUAGUCUUUAUGCACAAUGUGGGUCAUUCAUGCUGGAAAUUGCAGGUGUGUGUGUGUGUUGAGGGGGUAGCCCCACUUAAAAAUAAACCAUACUGUGUGUUGUAAAUACUAUAAUGAUAUAUUCUUAAAAAAAUUGUGUGAUACCUGAUGCCUCAUGGUGGUUUGGCCUGCCUUCCCUCUUUAUCUUCAGUUGAGUUAAUAGGUGACGAUAAAAGGUGACUGUGAACCAGGUACAGAGUCCCGUGAGGGGGCGGUCUUUUCCUCGGAUGUUGCAGUUAAGUAUAGCCUUUAAAAGAUGACUGUCCUACGACGAGAAUUUACUUUAGGCAUCAAAUGACUAUAGUACAAUCAUUUUGUGAAAAAAAGGGGUGAAUCUCGCUUAAAAGCAACAGAAAAUCUGACAAAUGUUUGUCACUCAUAAAAGGCCCCUCUAUAACAAAAAAAAAGAGGAGUAUUGAAAAUUACUUAAAUCUGUGAUGACAGGUUCCCAUUGCAGCCCAUGUUAAGGAGAGCCACUAGAGGUGAAUAUGGAACAUAUUUUAACCAACAGAUAUCACCUUGUUGAAUACUUUUUAUGUUGUAGAGGAGACUUUUAUGAGACUACAUCAGUUGGAAUUGUUUCUGUUGCACUGUGUGUGGGAUUAUGUUGCACAAUGCCUGAACUACUAGUUAAGAUUUAAAAAAGAAAAAAAAGAAAAGUGGUUUGGUUCAAAAUAUGGCCAACUUAAAUAGUGCAUGCUAUUAAAGUCUUUAUCUACAAAAUUCUAAUUCCGGGAUUGAUCCGGUGCCUACUGAAAUUCCUUUGGAUGUCCCUCUUUUCGGCCAGAUGUCCGUCCCCUUCGUCUCUCUUUGUGUUGGCGUUCUAACCUCCGGGGUAUUUCUGAGGAUUAUGGGUAACUGCUCCUCAGAUCUCUGCAGUGUAAAUCCAGACAGCUAGCUAGACUAUCUGUCCAAUCUGAGAUGUCUGUUGCACGCCUAAAACAACUUUUGAACGUACCACCAAAACAGGUUCCUCCCGCCCGGUGCACCGCCCAAGAUGAUUGUGAAAUGCCGUUAAACCAGAGCACGUUUUUCUCUUAUACAGGAAUGCUGUCUGGCAAUUAAAGACUACUUCUACAUUGAUAAUAGUAGUAAGGCUUUCUUCUGUGUACACAUAUCCUAUAAAAGGGCAAUUUGGCUGUAUUAUCUUUGUCCCUUUCAAAAAAUACUCUUGAGAAAUUUAUGUUUAUUGCCCCCCCAAGCCAUUGCUGCCUCUCUAAAUUAAUGUAUUUGGAAGAGAGCAUUUGUCAAUGACAAUGAAAGUGGUCUUUUUUUGUGAAUGUGUGUGUGUUUCCAGUGGUAGAAUGAAUGUUUGGCAAUGCAGUUGUUUUCUUGUUUUAUUCAGUUUUCCGUGUAACACCUUAGUUGCUAUGAUGCUGUGCACUUACAACUUGUAAUCCCCUCCCAAGGGACAGAUAGCAACCAAAUGUUGACAUACUCAAUAAAUAUACAAGUUACAUAUUUUUGGUUUCC